AUGUAAUAAUAAUAAAAUGGAAGAUAUUAAGGAAAAUUUUGUUAUGAGUUACUAUCAGAAUUUACAAUCCAUCAAAAAUAGGCAUGCAAUGCUAUUACUUUCAAUCAAAAUAAAUAAUUAAUCUUAGUCUGUUUGGAUAAAAAUAUUAAAGUUUAUCAAUUUCAUGAUGGAUAUCUAAAAUUAAUAUAAAUACUAUCAAAAAGUCUAUAUACUAACACAGUCCUGAGUUUUUUUAAUAACCAUAGAAAGUCUUAAUUUUUAUCAGGUUCAUGCGAUAGUUUUAUAAAAGUUAGAUCAAUAACAUAAUUAAGAAAUCAAAAGUACAUUCAGAAGUUGGAUUCACACAAGAGAGGCAUUUGUUGUUUAGCUAUCAGUUAGGAUUAAAAUAUGUUUUUAUCUGGCUGUGUUGAUUAAACAAUUAAACUAUGGAGUUUCUUCUAAUAAAACUAACUUAGUUGCCAAUGGUCCUGUUAACAGACUAUUACAGAUCAUACUAAUGAUGUCUAUACUUUAGAUAUUAAUUCAAAAUAAAACAAAGCAGUAUCAUGUGGAUACGAUGAUACUAUAUUAAUUAUGGAAAUAAUAAAGGAAAUGGACACUUAUUAGUUAAUUUUGAAAUAAAAGAUUAAAUUAAUAAACUUUGGUUUUAGAAUCCUAUUCAUAAAUGAUUCAGAUUUCAUUUUUCAAACCUAUUGUGGAAAAUUUCUUUAAUUGUUUCAAUAAGAUUAAAAUGAAAAAUACGUCCUAACAUAAUCACUACCUGUUUAGUGUAAAAGCUAGUCUUGUAAUAUAUUUUUCUAGCCCUAAUUUAUAAAGUCAAAAGGUUUUGUUGUCUGUAAAAAUAGUUAAAACCUUAAUUUUGUUUAUCAUAAUCCCAUAAAUAAUGAGCUUGUAUUAUUAUAUUCUAUUACAUUUGAUAAUUAUGAAUAGUAUGGAUCUUUAAGUGAGGAUGGCGAAUAUAUAAUCACUUGGAAUUAGAAAUUAGAACAAAUAGAAAUAAGAAAGUAUAGAUUAAUUGAUGACAAAAAUAAUUGA